CCCGCCCUUCCGUGUUUUUUAAACCGAUCCUGAUCGAGAAUCAGACGAUCAACAUUGUCAGUCGGAUCUAUUUAGUGUCUGAUUCAGAUCUGCAGAGAGAUGACUGCCAAGCGUGGCCUUAUCACUGACACAUUCAAGGCCGUAAAAAGAGCAAAGAGAGACAGAAGGGACAAAAAGUCUCCGUCACCCCCUGCAGCAGCAGAUCCAGAGCCUCCUGGUCUGAGUGAAAGAGAAACCGAUUUGCAGGAGCUUAAGAAGUUUGACUUGGACUGGCAGUUUGGACCAUGCACAGGUAUAAAUCGAUUGCAGAGGUGGGAGAGGGCGGCUCUACAUGGGCUGGACCCCCCACAGGAGAUCAAAAGCAUUUUGCUAAAGGAGAGCACAGACCCAGACUACAUACAAUGCCUCUGGCGUGAUUACGCAUUGUGAAGAGACGUGAGUGACGAGAGAUACAGCUUGAGAAAAGAAGAGUGGGAAUGAUUAUAAUGGAUGUUUGUUUGUUAAUGCUACCUUCAAGUUCAUUUUUACACUACAGUUUUAUAAGUGCUGUUUAAUUAAACAAAACUUUUGUCAUAA